AUUGCUAAAUAUUUGUCAAAGACCACUGAUGUUGGACAUUAACCUUUGGCUGCAUUAGUAUUUCUGCGACUGAAACAAGGCAACACUGAAGAACCACUAUGAAACGCACACUGUGGCUACUUCUUCUCCUUCUGAUUGGACUGUGCAUUGCUGAUCAUGCUACUAAACAACAAAAACCAUCGAGGAAACAGAAAGUGGAUCAUUCAGAAUGCAGCAAGCAGACCUCUGCUGCAACACUGAUGAACUCUAGUCUCCCAUCUGGAAAUGAGGAGCAGAUCCCUACAGUGCUUUCUUUUGCUAAUGUGUCUCAAAUGAGCAGUGAUUUUGGGUUCAAUCUCUACAGAAAAAUUGCAAAUAAACAUGACAAUAACAUCUUUUUCUCGCCAUUUAGCGUGUCAUUGGGACUUUCUUCUUUAUUGCUUGGAACAAGAGGAAAUACAUAUGACCAGCUAUUACAUGGGUUGAACUAUAACCCAUUUAAAGACCAGGAAAAUCCCUAUUUGCUGCCAGAAUUGCUGAAAACAAUUAAGGAAAAAAUUGCCAAAAAUGAGGAGUUGGUAUUGAACAUAGGCAGUCUCUCAUUCUUACACGAAACGUUUUCCAUGAAGGACGAAUUUGUCAACCUGACCAAGAAGUAUUUUGACAUGGAAUACGAACUUAUCGAUUUUCACAGCUCAAAGGCAAAAAACGAAAUCAAUGCUUAUGUUGAAAAACUGACAAAGGGGCUAAUUUCCAAUUUUUAUGAUUUUAUAGAUCCACAAACUAAGCUUCUCCUCCUUGACUAUAUCUUCUUCAAAGGAAAAUGGCAGUAUCCAUUUAAUCCAGCAUUAACUGAAGUAGACUCAUUUUUCAUUGACAAAUACAAUUCUGUGACUGUGCCAAUGAUGUACAAAACAGACAAAGUGGCAUCAGUAUUUGACAAGGAUUUAUCCUGCACUGUGUUCAAGCUACCUUACAGAGGCAAUGCCCACAUGCUAAUCAUCAAGCCAGAGAAAGAGGGAGAUUUUGGGAUUUUAGAAGAUCAUCUAACAAAAGAACUAAUUAACUCUUGGCAAGCAAAAAUGCAAUCAAGAAAAACCGACAUUUUCUUUCCAAAAUUUAAAUUAGAUCAGAAAUACAAACUAAAAUCAUCACUAAAUGAAUUAGGAAUAAAAGAAUUAUUCACUGGAAAAGCAAAUCUGACUGAUCUGACCGAAGAACGAAAUUUAAUGCUAACGGAGAUUACACAGCAAGCCAUGAUAGAAGUAGAUGAAAGAGGGACUGAAGCGGCAGCUGUGGCCGGGGCAGAAAUUAUUGCAUACUCAUUGCCUCUGACCAUCAGAGUGAAUCGUCCAUUCCUUUUUAUGAUAUUUGAAGAAGCCUACCAGUCCUUACUGUUUCUUGGACGCGUCAUGGAUCCAACAAAGCUUUAAAGAGAUUGUCCUCAAUAACAGAGAAUGGAAAAGACAUUUAUUAAAAUCCCAUUUGUAUUGUAUUUGGUGGCAGAUAAUCACUUGAUAUGUUUAUGCCUCUCAUAGCAGAUCCCCAGUUAUGGUAACACGGGGCCACGUCAGAAAAUGUAUAGAUUUUUUCUUUUUAAGAAUUUUUUUUUCCUAGCCAUGUGCCAUUUUGUCUUGAGGAGUCAGGUGUGAAAUGACUUGUGCUUAUCUGCCACGAAAUGAUGUGUUUGUGUUUAUCUGCAUUUUAGAAACCUCUAACAAUAAAAAUCACCCACAGCCUCUAGCCAAAAAGGAAAAUUUACAUAUAGAGUUAAUUUAAAUCGAUUCAUGCGCUGAAAACACUGAACAGCGGAAACCUAAAAAUGUCAAUAAGAUUUAAUUCACUGAUUAAUUCAUUCAGCUCCCCUUUAGUCAAACUCACUAUUCAUCAUAGGUAAUACAAGCCGUGAACCUCACCUCUUAAAAGGGUAGUUUUUACAUUAACUUUUUGUAUGUUAUAAAAUGACCAAUUUUUAACAACUUUUUUUAAUUGGUCUUAUUUUUUUAAUUUGAAUAGAUUUGUUUUGUUUUUUUUAAUUACUUGUCUUUACUCUCUCCAGAUUUAAAUGGGAGUCACUGACCCUCCAGCUAAAAAACUCUGUUUGAGGCCACAUUUUUAGGGGCAGAUUUAUAAAAACGUAUUAACAGAAUAUAUGCUUUAAGUCCAACAUUAAGUUCCAACUUCUGUGGUACAGAGGGCCGGAAUUUUUCUGACCUACAUGGUGGAGGGCCGAUAAUGAAAGCUGGUUUUGGCCCUUCCCUUUUUUUCAAACUACACCUAUGUUAUCACAUGAGCUUUUAAGACCAUACCCACAUUAAUAGCGUGGUAGCGCAGCAAAAACCCAAACGGUUGGUGCUCACUGCAGGGGUAUCAACCAUCAUUCAUAUGUGAAAGAAUGAUAUAAUGUCAUAUUAAGACACACCCUUAAAUCCAUAUGUCUCCUCCUCCUGUGAGGAUAGCACAGCACCCCCCAGCAUAUAAUUACACACCUUAGGGCCCCCACACUCAGGUUGAGCCACUCUUAAGUAGUAAUCUUUGUGCUUCUGAAAUGUGCCCUUCUGUGUAUACAGUGCUUUAUGCAAGAUUUUUGUCACCUACUAUGUCCCUUCCUUGCAUGUCAUUCAUUAAAUGCAAGGUAUGAAUGCCAGGGGAUAAUACGAGCACCAUAGCCAUGUACUUAAUGCCGUCUUAGGUCAACUACUUUGCUCUAUCAUGUACCCAGUAAUUAAAUAUUUAUAUUAUCAAUAUAUGUGAGGGUACAGUAAUGCUAUUUACCUACUCAUAGGUAAAAGGAAAUGGCUCUUUGCUAACUUUAGAAAGUGUAUGCAACUAUUUUGCCACGUUAAACAAGGGUACUUGCACAUGUAAAAGACACUUAAUACAAAUGUUGAUGCAUGGUAAGGCCUACUAAGCCUUCCGCAGUUUCCCAAAAAAAAGUGGCCAUGCAAGUAGUGGAAGAGAUUUCAUUAAUAUGGGAAAUAAUAAAAAGUAUAUUAGGCUUCACCUUAAUACUGACUAAUUACAGUUGUUGAGGACAACUUUUGUAAAGUAAACCCAUGUUGAAGGAAUGCUCUAUUUCCUAGGACACACACUAAAUUAGAUUUUUGCUUUAGCUCACCUUACUUGCUGUCUACUCUGUACUACAUACUAGCAACCUUCUUUUAAAAGGCUUAAUUAUGAAAAGACCAAUAUGAACAGUAAUAAAGUCUAAUUAAGAUCAGGACCUCAGCAAUCUCUUUAAACAAGCGAAAAAAAAUAGUUGUUUUUCAGUUCCUUUAAAGGGUGCCUUUUUAGGUUUGAAUUUCUGUUAUGAAAACAUUGAAAGGGAUACUGAAACUAAAAUCAUGAAGGUACAUUAUGACAAAAAAGCAGUUUCCUAGGCAUGAUGUUCACUGGGAGUUGGGUUGCACUCUGCAUUCAGCUAUGUAAGUGUGCAGCAAAUCCCCUCAGGAGUCAGGCCAGGAAAUCUGAAGGGCUUUGCUGCCAGAACUUGGACAGUGAAAAACAAAAAGGGCUCAUCCAAAAAAAUCAGGUCUUGGAGAUGACAUACAAUGAUAGAGUAAAAGUGUCAAUAAGAAUCAUUCGCAUCAAACACUGAAGUAGCAAUCAUGCAUAUAUAGGCACAAUGGUUGCACAACAAAGGUGUAUUUGCGUCUAAAGCUGUUCUUUGCUGCUCCUACUUGGUGCCACUACUUCCAUCCUGCUUCCUCUUGUGAAUCAUGCACAGUGCACCUACUGACAAAGGGAACCCUCCUGCCUGCCUCAAAGGACACAGCAGCUUGGGGGUUCCCACUAUGGCCUAAGCUAAAUGAUGCAGACAAACAGAUAUUCAGCUCAAUUUUGUUUGAUUAUCAUUAAACUGCAAGUGCAACUAUGAUUGUUUUAACAAAUUGGCUGCAUUUGUGUCAGAAGCAUUGUCCCCUCAAAGCCACAAUGACACAGGACUUACAAGAAACAAAUCUGAAUUGUGGGUAAUAAAAACAAGGCAACUUGCACCAGAAAUUGCACUUGCACUUGUGAUUGAGGCCUAUAUUUUAACAAUGAAAUAUCUAAAUACUUUCUUGCUCUUUGCCCCUAGUAUCUAUGAAGAUGUUACUGGUUCAACUUGUAGUUUUAGCCUUGUCUACACUGCCACUGUUGCUCAGGCUGACUUGCCACAAGCUUGAUUAUCACCUUGCAUAGCCCUCCUACAUUUCUAUAAUCUCCAAAAAUACAGUAACAGUUCUGGCAUGGCAGCAUCUGAACCAACUAUAAUAGAACUCUGUGCAGAAAAUGUGAACAUGCCAGUUUUUAUAGAGCUUUGUGUCUUUAAUAUAUACCCUUUAACAGAUAUGAACUGUGUUGUAAAUCCCAUCAUUUAAAAUGUUGCAUACUAUGAAGAUAAUAAAAUGCCUUCUUACUACUGAA